AUGGUCUCAUUAUUCGGUUGGGGCUCCAGCCCAAAACCCGAGUCAAGCCAGCCAACUCCUCAAGAAACGCCAAAACCCGAUGAACCCGCAACCCCCGCACCACCAGCACAAACACAAUUAGCGCAGCCAGCCUCGCCCCAAACAAACACAAACCUCAAACUGUUCUUUGGAGGAAUGACUUUCUUCGCGCUCUCGGUAUGGGUCACCCGUCGCGCGUUCCAUAAGAAACGCAUCUCCUGCAUCCCGCCUUUCUACACAAGCUCGAUAUACCAUAAGCCCCACUCGAACUCUGCGGGUGAUGCGUUCGAGGCUCUGAAUCUGGCUACCCUCAAUGUGAUCUCGUUUGGCUUGAUGGCUGGUGGUGCGGUCGGGUAUGCUUUGAAUAUCAAUGGGCUUGAGGAUAUGCGGAGAUUUGUGCGGAAUGGUUUGCAAGGCGGUAGUGAUACACCUGUGAAGAGUGAUGAGGAGCUCGAGCAGGAAGUCACUGAGUGGGUUGCUAAGAUCCUUGGUGACAAGUUUGAGAAGCAGUUGGAAAAGGAGAAGAUGAAGAGGGGAAUUCGGGAGGAUCAGGUUGAUCAGGAUACUAAGGCGAAGUGA